GCAUAGGCAGGGCUCUUUUUUUGCCCCAGAUCCGGGCUCCUUCCUUUCUCCUCUCUCGCUCUCUCGCUCUCUUUGUCCCUCCCCCUCCCCCGUCUCCCUGAUGGUUUUACCACCUCCCUUGACCAUACUCAUUUGGGCCGAUGUCAAUCGACCGGCCGAGGUGCUGGAGCUGCAGGCCGGCCUGCCGGAUGCCCAGCAGAAAUUCCUGGACUUCCUCCUCCCCGGUGUCCUCUACCUUUCGAGGGCCGGCUGCGCCCGCCUGGCCGGACUGGCCGGAGCUCCGGGCCAUCCCUCAACAGGCUCAGGCGGGGAGUUCAUGCCACUUCUGGUCAGUCCAAAUGGCCAGGACUUUUUCCGCCUCCGCCCGGCUCCGGAGGGGUUUCAUCCGGAGGAUCGCACCGACACCUAUGACGUGCUGCUGCACCCGAGCGACCGGACACGCCUCGCAGGGCAGGCGUCGACCGCCCAGCUGACGGUGGCCAGAUCGUGUGGAUUGCCGCCCGGCGUUGCGCUGGUUCGAUUGGCCAUCCAGCUGGAGCGCGGGGUCCAACUCGACGAGUCCACCAUCGAGGGGUUGACCGCUUGCCUGGAGGGCGUCGUCCUACGGGCCGGGCAAAUGUACUACCUGCGGAAGUGCCAUUUCCUGGUGCAGGAGCUCGUCGAUUCCGCCGGGGCCCUCCUUCGGCAGGGCAUCUUCCAGUCGACAAUGCCCCCGAACAGCCUGCUGGCCUACACGGCCGUCAGUGCCUAUGGCCUGCCGGUGCCCUCGUUGCGGCCCGCGAUCCAGGUCUCGGUGGCCGGCGUGGCUUCCUCACCCGAGCACCUGUGGUUGGCUGUUCUGCCAGCCAGCCGGCCGGCUGGCGGAUCGCCCCAUCCCACAUUGACCCCAUCUCCCUGUGCACCCACCCCGCAAGGUGCCCUUUCGCCGGGCCCGCGGCCCAUGGCGGACGCCUUCCUGGCCCCAUCGACCCUCCAAAGGAUACAACGCCUGGCCGGGGGGCGUGUGCCUGGCUCGGCCACCGGUGCCUGUCUCUCGACCACACACGAGCCCCUGUCCAUCCUCCCGGAUGGCCGGGUUCCCAGGCAGUCCAUUCGCCUGUCACCCAAACUGCAAGCCGCACUCGGCACGGCCAAUGCUUCGACCGGCUUCCGCGGGAAGAUUCUCUUCCAGCAUCAGCUCCCGGCGGUGGGGUUGUUGGUUCUUUGUCCGACGGGGGCAUUCCACCCGGGGCACCUCGAUGCGCAGGCUGCCCCCCCGAGUGUGGAGGCCUCGGUGGAGGCAUUUCUCUCGCAGUGCGACGGGCUCUUUGUCCAGCAGGAUGACAUUGUCACUUUGCCCGGGCCGGUUGAGUGCCGGGUGGUGGAGAUGUUCCGGUAUCCCUGUCGGCGGCCGCUGGCCAGUGGGCGCCUUGUGCGGUCGACGCCCGGAUCGCCGAUCUCCGAAGUCGUGGUGCUGUCCCGGCGGAGUGGAGCCAGUUUGCCGCGCGAGCCCGGGCCCGAGCACCGAUCGGAACUCGGCCGCCGGACGCUCCAGCUCCUGUGUCCGGGGGCGGUGCAGGUGGAGCUGGCCCUGGCCCUGGUGUCGGCGGCCACCAUGGCCAGCCCCUGCUCGCCGGGGGAGUGUCUCGCUCCGGCUGGCCUUCUGUCGGGUCUGCAUGCCGGGCUCCUGGCAGGCGAUCUGUUUCUCGCCUCGCCGGAUGGCUCGGUUCGCCUGCGCGUCCGGUACGGCCCAUCGACCCGCCCUUCCCGGCAUGCCGCCUCCUCCGGGUGCCUUACUCGGGACUGACUGGACUCCUGCCGGAAGCACUUCCGCCUCAGGUGGCACGGAUCCGGGAAAUCCCAAUGCCGGGUCCCUGAUCAUGAGCAGCGUCGAUAUGGCAGCAUUCUUCCCCCCGGGCUGCUCCUUCUUGCAGGCGCCCUUAUUGCUCGAGCCUCAGGCCACCCUUCAUGUGCGGGUUUUCCACAUGCAUGCCUCGCAUGCCCCUCUGGACCGGCUGGCUCGGGCCUUCGACGCCUUCGCCGGGCCCAUUUGUGUGCAGCAGGUAUGGGCUCCUUGUGGCGACCUUCCCGGCUCUCGCUCCCUCUUUGGCGCCCCCUCGCUUCCUUUUUCUGUUCGCUGUCCUCCUGGUGUGCGAGCUCCAAGGAUCUGACCCGGGCGCCAGAUCGUCGAGUUUGAGGAUGAGUUUGGCCAUGUCAAUCGAUGCCGAGUACUGGAGUUGUCAGAUGAGGCCGGGCGACCGGUGAGGCAAUCUACCCUCCGGCGAGGGGAUGCCCGGGUGUUGGUCCUGCAGACCUCCCUCGGGGUGAUGAACGGUCAGGCAUUUGCCCGACUGCGGCUGCCCGAUGACCGGGCUCUCUGGCUCCGGGGCACCGGCGGUCUGGGGUAUGUUCGACGCCCAAGUUCCGAGCCACCGGCGGCGGUCUUGCGUCUUCCCUCGGCAGUGGCUGCCAGUGUUCUCCCCUCGGCGCUUGUGGAGCCGGCCUUCUUUAUGGAUUGUGCCCUUGUGCGCGUUGAGUAUGUCUCUUCCUUUCCUUCC